AGGUUGAGGUUUGACUUCCUUCAGCGCUAUGUCAGUCAGUUAACGCUUGGUUUAGACAGCUACCUGAUGUAUUCUGACGCGUCGUAAUAAACAGAGCGCGUGUUUCGACGUCUUCCGGUUUGUCAUGAUGUCACAAAAUGACACACGUUCGUUCAGUCGUAUUGCCAGAUCCUUUACACCCCGUACACCUAAAACCAGUUCAUACGUGCGUUCACAUCCACCCACAAAGAGACGGGGAAGCGCCAAGCGUGUAGUUCAGUUCGGACAGGACCGAGCGAGCUUCACAGUCAGGUUCACUGAAGUCAACUUUGCUUUUGAAGAAACUGAGCUCUUGAGAAACUCUACUCUAGCUGCUUUAAAUACUGAUUUCUCCGGGCUGACAUGGCGUCCUCCUCCCGGAUGUGUCUCCUCGUCUGUCCUCUGCUACUGCUGGUGGUUUCCCCGCCGCUCGUCCGCUGCUUCUUCUCUCCCUCCCCAGCGUCCCGGUCGUGCGGGCCGGGCCGGUCCUGGGCGGUGCGUCUGGACAGCGGCGCGGUGAGAGCCGGACGCUCGCUGGAGCGGCUGGCCCAGAGCGUGGCGGACGAGGCGGGUCUGGAGAACCACGGCCAGAUCGGGCAGCUGGAGGAACAUUACCUGCUCUGCCAGCCGCUGGAGAACGGCGCCGACGCCGACCCGACCGACACCGAGUCGGCUCUGGACAGAAACCCUCAUGUGCUGUGGCACUCCCAGGAACACAUCCUCAGACGCUCCAAGAGAGGCGUGACCUUCAAUGACCCCAAAUACCCCAACCAGUGGCACUUGCACAACGACGUGAAGCACGGGAUGGACGUGAACGUGACCGGCGUCUGGGAGAGAAACAUCACCGGCGCGGGGAUCACGGUGGUGGUGGUGGACGACGGCGUCCAGCACACGCUGGCAGAUAUUCAGCCCAAUUACAGUCCCGAGGGCAGUUAUGAUCUGAACUCCAACGACCCUGACCCCAUGCCUCACCCCGACGGCCACAGCGAUAACCACCACGGCACGCGCUGCGCUGGAGAGAUCGCCGCCGUCUCCAACAACAGCUUCUGCGCUGUCGGAGUCGCCUACGGAGCCAAAGUGGCCGGGAUCAGGGUUUUGGACGGACCCCUCACAGACAGCAUGGAGGCUGUUGCUUUUAAUAAGCACUACCAAGUCAACGACGUCUACAGCUGCAGCUGGGGUCCAGAUGAUGACGGCCGGACAGUCGAUGGACCGCAUCCCUUGGGCAAGGCGGCGCUGCAGCACGGAGUCAUCGCAGGACGCAGAGGUUUUGGCAGCAUCUUCGUUGUCGCCAGCGGAAACGGAGGACAGUAUGAAGACAACUGCAACUACGACGGCUACGCUAACUCCAUCUACACCGUCACCAUCGGUGCGGUGGAUGAGAAUGGCAGAAAGCCGUUUUAUGCAGAAGAGUGUGCGUCCAUGCUGGCCGUGACGUUCAGCAGCGGCAGCAGACAGCUCCGCAGUAUAGUGACGUCGGACUGGUCUCUGCAGAGCGGCACCGGCUGCACGGACGGACACACGGGCACCUCUGCGGCCGCUCCUCUGGCUGCGGGGAUGGUGGCGCUCAUGCUGCAGGUUCGGCCCUGUCUCAGCUGGAGGGACGUCCAGCACAUCAUCACCUACACCGCCACUCAGCAUGACGCUGAAGCUCAGGCUGACUGGGGGAUCAACGGAGCCGGCUUCCAUCACAGUCACAAGUACGGCUUUGGUCUGCUGAACGCCUGGAGGCUGGUGAACGCCGCCAAGGUCUGGGAGCCCGUCCCCUUCUUGGUGUCCUACCAGAGCCCGCUUUUAAAGGCCAGCGAGGACAUCCCAGCCUUCCCCAAAACUCUCACGCACACCUGGAACGUGUCUCGGUCUGAUCUGAGGCAGUCGGGCAUGCAGACGCUGGAGCACGUGUCCGUUACGGUGACUAUGGCUCACCCGCGGCGCGGGAACGUGGAGAUCCGGCUCGUCUGCCCCAGCGGGAUGAGCUCUCUGAUCGGGGCCCGCAGGUCGCUGGACGUAGACGUGACCGGAUUCACGGACUGGACGUUCUCCACGGUGCGGUGCUGGGGAGAGAGAGCCGAGGGACAGUACAGGCUCCAGAUCACCGACCACAAAGAGUCGAGUCUGUCGUCAGGCGUCCUGAAGCGCUGGAAGCUCACGCUGUACGGCUCGUCUCUGUCUCUUCAGCAGGUCAAAGAGAGACGGAGGGUCGUUGAAGAGGCCAUGGGCGGACAGUACCUGAACAGCAGUUUUGCUCUCCCCUGUCCUCCUGGUAUCGACGUUCCUCCUGAGAUCGUGAGCCCGUUCACGUCGAGCAGCCUGAAGUCUCUGCUGCUGCUGGGCUGCUUCGCUCUCUUCUGGUCGCUCUACUACACGCUGGAGGUGACCCUGACCCACUGGGACUGGCGCGGGUGCAGCAUGAGCGGCACGGGACGGCCCCGAGGCUUUCAGAGCGUGCUCACGGGCCUGGAGGACAGUCAGGUGGUGCAGAUCCAGCCCGAGGUGGACAGCGAGUCUAAGGUCCCGCUCAUAGCUGCCGAGGAGAACACGUAGCACUCGGGGAUGAAGUCUCUCUUCGUCUGUUUCUUCAGGUUGAGCUCUGAUUUUCUUUGACCAUGUGAGCAAGUGCUCUGUUUUGAGUCGCCUUGUUUAGUUGGAUUUGUUUUCCGAUGCGUUCAUAGGAGUGUUACCUGAUAAGAGUGCCUGAUUUAGAGUGCAGUGUUUGUUCAUGUAUGACUGAGAGAAUGCGUGCUGUGUGAUUGGCCGAGUGAAUGAUAUUUUAUGGAGUUUAAUAUAUUGACCGGGACGCAUUGAAUGUGUCGCUAUUAGGUCUUUUCUGAGUAUAAAUACCUCGGACACUUGAAUCUUGAAAGACAGAAAGAGAUUGUUUAAACUGGCGGUCUGCUUGCCCGCAGACGUCUUACUGAUUCUAGCUUCUUUAUUUUUUACUGAAGUGUGGUAUUCUUGUGAGAACUCAGAUGUGGUUUGAAUAAAAAUGAAAAGGGAUUGUUUUA